AGUGUCCUGCCUCAGUGUUGAUCUGUUUGAUAUUUCUCCUCUUCAUGAUUUCAUCUUGCACUGCAUAGUAAAAGAAGCAAUAACCAGUCUUUCAAAAGCCCCAGAGAAACCCAAGACUUUGGAUAUGAGAUUGGAUUACGUGUUCAGUCAAAUAUUUCUGAAGACCAGAGACUUAAAAGUGAAGAGGAUAUUUCUAAAUGUGAUCGAUUUGAUGUGUCCUUUAUUAAAGCUUUAUUAUCCUUCCACCAACAAAUACUAUCGUCAAAUGCCAGAAUGUACAAAUGUCAUCAAUAUGGCAAGGUGUUUACCCAGUUACCACUGCUUAAUCAAUAUCAGGAAAUAAAUAAUUGGAAGAAACAUUACACAUUCAAUAAAACUUUGAUGUAUUUUAUCCAGAGCUUUACCCUAAAUAAUUACCAACAUAUUGAUGUUAAUAUGAGAAAUUAUCAAUGCAAGAAACCUGAAAAAUUUGUAAACCUGGUCUCAUGCUCUAGAAAAUAUCAGAAAGCUCAAUAUCCAGAAAUCCAGUAUAAAUGUGAAAAAUGUGAGAAAGUCUUUCACCAAUGUUUAAAGCUUAUUAGCCGUGAGGAUAUUCAUAGUCAAGAGUUUUCCUACAAAUGUAAUAAAUGGGUUGAAGCUUUUUCCCAGACAGGGAAUCAUUCUCAAAAUCAGAGAAUUCAUAUUGGAGAAAAAUCAUACAGACGUAAUAAACGUAAGAAAGUCUUUAUUCGGUCAUCUGAUCUAAGAAUACGCAAUAUAAACUGUACUGGAGAAAGCCUCUACAAAUGUAAAGAAUGUGGCAAAAUCUUUAACCUUAAUUCACUCCUUACUCAACAUCUAAGAAUUCAUACUGGAGAGAGACCCUACAAAUGUAGAGAAUGUGGUAAAGCCUUUACUCAGUUUUCACAUCGUAGACAACAUGAGAGAAUUCACACAGGAGAAAAGCCCUAUAAAUGUAAAGAAUGUGGUAAAGCCUUCACUCAGAUUGCACAUCUUAGACAACAUGAGAGAAUUCAUACUGGAGAGAAACCCUAUAAAUGUGAAGAAUGUGGCAAAGCCUUUAUCUAUCGUUCAAAAUUUAUUCAGCAUCAAAGAAUUCAUACAGGAGAGAAGCCCUAUAAAUGUAAACAAUGUGGUAAAGCCUUCACUCGGAUCGCACAUCUUACAACACAUAGGUUAAUUCAUACUGGAGAAAAACCCUACAAAUGUAAAGAAUGUGGUAAAGACUUUACUCAGAUUGCACAUCUUAGGACACAUGAAACAAUUCAUAAUAGAGGGAACCAAUAUAAUUGUGAAGAAUGUGGCAAAGCCUUUAACUAUCGUUCACACUUUAUUCAGCAUCAAAGAAUUCACACAGGAGAGAAACCCUACAAAUGUAAAGAAUGUGGUAAAGCCUUUACUCAGCUGGCACAUCUUAGAAAACACGAGACAAUUCAUACUAGAGGGAAGCCAUACAAAUGUAAAGAAUGUGGCAAAUUCUUUAUCAAGUCUUCCAAGCUCAGGUGCCAUCAGAAAAUGCAUAAUAAAAAGAAGUCCUACAAAUGUGAAGAAUGUGGCCAAUUCUUUACCUACCCAGCAAGUUUUAAAAAACAUCGGAUAGUUCAUACUGUAUAGAAACCCAUGUGAAUGUAAAAAAUAUGGUGAAGCCUUUUUUAACUUUCAAAUCUUAGACAACAUGAGAGAAUUUUUACUGGAGAGAAAUGCAAAUGUGAAGAAAAUGGCAUAUCCUUUACCCAGUCUUCAAGGCUUAGACAACAUCAGAAUAUUCAUAAUGGAGAGAAACCCUACAAAUGUGAGGGAUGUGACCAAAUCUUCUACUAUAGUUAGUUAACACCUUACUGAAUACCAGAGAAUUUAUACUACAGAAACCCUAUAGAUGUAACAUAAGUGAAGAGGGUUUUAUCCCAAAUAUACAACUUAGAAAUCACCAGAGAGUUUAUAGAGAAAGAAAACUUACAGGUGAAAUAAAUGUGCAGAAGUAUUUAAUCAAAACUAAGUGUUGGCUCGGCGCCUGAGGUUCAAGCAGCUAAGGCACCAGCCACAUAC